CAGGAUGUCUAGCUUCUGAUACUAAGGAGCCCUUUCAGAUCCAGGGACUGAAGGGUUAUUACUGUGGUGCUAGAGCUAUGCAGCUGGAGCAUUGUCUUUCUCCCUCUAUCAUGCUCUCCAAGAAAUUUCUCAAUGUGAGCAGCAGUUACCCACAUGCAGGCGGAUCUGAGCUUGCCUUGCAUGAUCAUCCCAUUAUCUCGACCACUGACAACCUGGAGAGAAGUUCACCUUUGAAAAAAAUUACCAGGGGGAUGACGAAUCAGUCAGAUACAGACAAUUUUCCUGACUCCAAGGACACACCAGGGGACGUCCAGAGAAAUAAACUCUCUCCCGUCUUGGACGGGGUCUCUGAGCUUCGUCACAGUUUCGAUGGAUCUGCUGCAGAUCGCUAUCUGCUCUCUCAGUCCAGCCAGCCCCAGUCUGCUGCCUCUGCUCCUAGUACCAUGUUCCCUUACCCCAGCCAGCAUGGACCUGCUCACCCAGCCUUCUCCAUCGCCAGCCCCAGCCGCUACAUGGCUCACCAUCCUGUGAUCACCAACGGAGCUUACAACAGCCUCCUCUCCAACUCUUCUCCACAAGGCUACCCCACGGCGGGCUACCCGUACCCCCAGCAGUAUGGCCAUUCCUACCAAGGGGCACCUUUCUACCAGUUCUCCUCCACCCAGCCGGGGCUGGUUCCCGGCAAGGCUCAGGUCUACCUGUGCAACAGGCCACUCUGGCUGAAAUUUCACCGGCACCAGACGGAGAUGAUCAUCACGAAGCAGGGGAGGCGCAUGUUCCCUUUCCUAAGUUUUAAUAUUUCUGGUCUCGACCCCACGGCUCACUACAAUAUUUUUGUGGAUGUAAUUUUGGCGGAUCCCAACCACUGGAGAUUUCAAGGAGGCAAAUGGGUUCCUUGCGGCAAGGCGGACACCAAUGUACAAGGAAACCGGGUGUACAUGCACCCCGACUCCCCCAACACGGGAGCCCACUGGAUGCGCCAGGAAAUCUCCUUUGGGAAACUAAAACUUACAAACAAUAAAGGAGCAUCAAACAACAACGGGCAGAUGGUGGUUUUGCAGUCCCUCCACAAGUACCAGCCACGCUUGCAUGUGGUGGAGGUGAACGAAGACGGGACGGAGGAUACCAACCAGCCGGGCAGAGUGCAGACCUUCACCUUCCCCGAGACGCAGUUCAUAGCGGUCACCGCCUACCAAAACACCGAUAUCACACAGCUGAAAAUAGACCACAAUCCUUUCGCAAAAGGUUUCAGAGACAAUUAUGACACGAUCUACACGGGCUGCGACAUGGACCGGCUGACACCUUCCCCCAACGACUCGCCCCGCUCUCAAAUUGUGCCCGGGGCCCGCUACGCCAUGGCCGGCUCCUUCCUCCAGGACCAGUUCGUGAGUAACUACGCCAAGUCCCGCUUCCACCCCGGGGCAGGAGCCGGCCCGGGGCCCGGCGCCGACCGCAGCGUGCCCCACACCAACGGGCUGCUCUCCCCACAGCAAGCCGAGGACCCGGGGGCCCCCUCGCCGCAGCGCUGGUUCGUCGCGCCCGCCAACAACCGCCUCGACUUCGCCGCCUCCGCCUACGACACGGCCACCGACUUCGCCGGCAACGCGGCCACGCUGCUUUCCUACGCGGCCGCCGGCGUCAAGGCGCUGCCGCUGCAGGCUGCCGGCUGCGCCGGGCGACCGCUGGGCUACUACGCUGACCCCUCGGGCUGGGGGGCCCGCAGCCCUCCGCAGUACUGCAGCAAGUCCGGCUCCGUGCUCUCCUGCUGGCCUAACAGCGCGGCGGCGGCGCGCAUGGCCGCCGGGAACCCCUACUUAGGGGAGGAGGCGGAGAGCCUGGCCCCAGAGCGGUCCCCCUUGCCGGGCGCCGAGGACUCCAAGCCCAAAGAUUUGUCCGACUCCAGCUGGAUCGAGACGCCGUCGUCCAUUAAGUCCAUCGACUCCACCGAUUCUGGGAUUUACGAGCAGGCCAAAAGGAGACGGAUCUCCCCCUCGGACACCCCGGUGUCCGAGAGCUCCUCGCCGCUCAAGAGCGAGGUGCUCACCCAGCGGGACUGCGAAAAGACCUGCGCCAAGGACAUCGGCUACUACGGCUUCUACUCGCACAGCUAG